UUGAAAUAGAGACACAGUAAUAAUUUCGAAAGCUAAUGAAAGUCUCCAAUUGUUCAUUGUUAAAGACGAUCGAGAGGUUAAUUUUGAAACAAAGCGCGGGAGUCAUGAUAACAAUACUAAUAUAUGGAAUAUUGAUUCCGUCAGCCGUAUUUUGUAAUUCGGCAGAUACUCAAAUUUGUUCAGUUUAUAAGACGGUUGAUAUUAAUAAUAGCAAUAAUGCACUCAAUUCUAUUUCUGAACCAAAAUCAUAUGUUUUUUCGUCAAACGGUGAGCUAUCAAUGGAUAUUGAAAUAAAAUAUGAAUGUGAUACAUUAAUAUUUAAUCCGGAAAAUCUUGAUAAACUCGACUUGAUUCAUCUAAAAAGCGUUGAUUCCAUUAACAGUUAUACAACUAAUGUGUAUUUAAUUAACAAGAAAGGGUUAUUGCAAAUUACAUUUCCGCAUAAUUUACCACGAGGCAACUAUAGUCUAUAUUUAAAGUAUAAUCGUGGUGAAAAUAACUCACCCAAUGCUACACUGCACCAAUGGAUAGCGCUCACAAAUUUCGAUGACAAUAAUUUUGAUAAGCCCAAUAAUCACGCAAUUAGAAUAUGGAUUAGAAAAAACGCUCUGGGACAUGGAAAAUAUUUGAUGGAGAAUAUUGAAAAUUUGAUGAAAGCUUUUGAAAAUUAUACUGGUGUCUCGUACAAAGAAAAAAAACAUGUAAAAUUUGAUUUUAUUGUACUGCCCAACUUUUACAAAUCGAAAUAUAACGAUGGAGACUUCAUUUAUGUCGAUGAGGAAUUAUUUGUUGAAGAGGAAUACACUGCAACUGUUGGUAAUGAAAGAUUGUUCCGCGGCAUCGCAAAAUUAAUGAUUAAUGAUGCAUUCAAAAACUAUAAUCCUAGUCUACGUCGUAAAUACGGAGUAUUGAUGCGUACUCUUAAAGAGUAUCUGAGCUACCAUAUAACCGAUGAGGCUUUGAAAACAUGGAACCUAAUGGAUUUAUAUGCCUAUCGUCAACGAUACGGUAUCUUUGAAGAUGAUUAUAUUUAUAGCCGUAAAAAAUUUGAGGAUGAAAAUACUCAUCCGAAUCGUGGUUUCUUGAUUCGAAUGCUCGAACAUGCAGUUGGUGAAAACAAUUUCAAGAAUGCCAUUCAAGGUUACUUACAAAACAGUGAAGAGAUUAGAAACACAAAUGUUUUCUUUAAAAUGAUUGAUAUGUCUAAAGACAAAAAUAAAACUUUGGAUUACGCUCUUAAAAGUUGGAUGGACAAAAUAAAAUUGGCCAUAUUAACAAUAAAUAGAGAUUACAACAGUAACAAAGCGAUUAUAACGCAGUCACAGUUUUCAAAAAGAAAGGAUGCAGAUUUAGCAGCUAAAUACUGGAUACCAAUGAAUUUUGCAAGUGAAAGUGAUGCUGAUUUUAUUAAUACGACUGUUACUGAUUGGUAUAAUCCUGAAUCGGCAUCGGUUGAAAUUCCAGCACCCCCUCCAUAUAACUGGCUCAUUGUCAAUAAACAGCAGUUCGGCUACUAUCGUGUUAAUUACGAUGAGGAAAAUUGGAAAUUAAUUAUUCAGUAUCUCAAAUUGAAUGAUUAUCAUAAAAUUCAUGUGCUUAAUCGUGCACAGCUCAUCGACGACGCAUUUGUUUUGGCUGAAUUUGGAUACCUGAAUUACAGUAUCGCUUUUGAUUUAGCGAGAUAUAUUUCAUUAGAAACAGAAUACGUUCCAUGGGCUACGUUCUGGGAAAAAAUGUUCCGUUUGUUUCAAUACUCCUCGAUAUCUAAUUCACAAUAUUACAAAAACUUUAAGAAAUCGAUUUUGGUAUUAUCUGAAAGCUUAGAAAGAACUAUCUUGUCCGAUGAAGUAUCAACCGAUAAUGAUAGGAUGAAAAGACUUAAAAAAAUAUCAUUUAUAAAGUGGACUUGCUUCUAUGGAUCAAAAUCAUGCAGAAAUUAUACACUCACUAAACUCGAAAAUUGGCUCACUGACCCAGUUCAACAUCCACUUUUGCCGGAUAUUCGAGAAGAAAUGCUUUGUGCUGGAAUUCGUGGUGCCGAUCAAGAUACAUGGAAUAAAUUAUUAAGCAAGUUUUUAAUUAACAAAGACAAUGACCUUUUGCUUGCACUCAUGUGUUCAUCAGACAAUCAACUGUUGCAAAAAUUAAUGACAAUGUUUGUAAAGGGUGAAUUAAUUGACAGAAAUCCGUGGUUAUUUUUCGUGGGAAUUGCGCAGUAUAGCACUAAUGGUGUAGAUGCUAUUUUAGAAUUCAUCGAUAAACAUCAAGAUUUAAUUCAUAAAAACAACGACCCAUUAAACCUGGUAGAACAUAUUUGCAUUGCCAUUGAGGAGUUCAUCAACAACGAUGAUCAACUUGAGAAAUUCGCAAUGGUGUUAAAAAAUUACGCGCAUUAUAUUACCCCAGAGGAUGCUCAUUUAUAUCUAGAUACCGCUUCACACAGAGUAGAUCAUGCGAAUCACAUAGUCUACUCAUUCAAAGUUUAAUUUUUGGUGCGUUUUUUAUCCUUUCCAAGCAAUUUACGUUGAUAUAAAAUGUACUUCAAUACAAUAAACAGUAAACAAUAA